UCAAUGAAAUCGAUCUAUUUUAACUGUCAUCCAAAAAUUUCUUGUUAUGAGGGAGCGAUAUGCAGUCGAAUCAGAGAAGCAAGAUAAUGUGGAACCCAACCCGGAAGAUGACAGCUAUUACAUCGUUGAAAAGGUAGCGGUGUUCGUAUCAUGGAUUUUAGUGUUGUUGUUAUUUCCUUUAUCGCUGUUGUGUUGUCUGACUAUUGCCUUGGAGUUCCAUCGACUUGUGGUAUUUCGAUUGGGUCGUAUUAGGAGUUGCUUAGGGCCAGGUUUAGUUUUUCUCCUUCCCUGCAUCGAUUCGUUUAAUACGGUGGACAUUCGCACCGAUGUGGUUAAUGUGGAUCCGCAGGAGUUGCUCACCAAGGACUCGGUGUCGAUUACAGUGAACGCAGUGGUGUUCUACUGCAUCUACGAUCCCAUCAACUCGAUCAUUAAGGUGGACGAUGCCAGGGAUGCCACCGAAAGGAUCUCCCAGGUCACCCUGCGCAGCAUUGUGGGUUCGAAAGGACUCCACGAACUUCUGGCAUCCAGGCAGCAGCUUUCCCAGGAAAUCCAGCAGGCGGUUGCAAAGAUCACAGAACGUUGGGGCGUGCGAGUGGAACGAGUGGACCUGAUGGAGAUAUCCUUGCCAACUAGUCUGGAGCGAUCAUUGGCCAGUGAAGCGGAGGCGACAAGGGAGGCCAGGGCCAAGAUCAUUUUGGCAGAAGGAGAGGCCAAAGCCUCGAAGGCUUUAAAAGAAUGUUCAGAUGUGAUGUCGGAAAACCAAAUUACACUACAACUAAGGCAUCUGCAGAUUCUCCGUUCUUUGGCAACGGAACGUCGGGUUAAUGUGCUUUUCCCCAUACCUUUGGAAAUUAUGGCACCGUUUAUGGAUGGAAAGGAUUCGUCGGAUGCAGCACAAGAUGACGAUGACCGGAGGGAUAGCGAUGACGAUUACGAUUAUUUACAUUUAUUUUCACCAAAAGUUUACAUCUCGGGUACACCCCCAGAUUUCUUUAAGGAUGCGCAAACAGAUAGCGCAACUGAAAAUCCCGAAGUUGGAAAAACCACUGAGAAUGUGGAAGAAAACAAGCCGGCGCGUUCGUGGCUAUGGCCACCAUUUUUCAGACCCUCGCGAUCUGCCCAGGAUGGCGAACAACCAUCUAGCAGUCGAAGAGUUCGUCCGGAAAGUGGUCAGCCGUCGCCUAGAUCCAAUCGAACUGAUGAUGCAAUCGAACCCUAUCCACUUCUGAGCAAACCCCCAGCCCGUUCGAGUUCUCCUACUAAGCCUUCUUCCAUUCCCAUUCCUCCGCGUCCUGAUCCUCCGACACUUCCUCCAAUUCCGCCACAUCCAACUCUACCUCCCAUUCCGGAACGGCCCAUACCCCCUCCCAAGAACACAUCGACUCCGACUGAAAAGGAUACAAAAGUAUCAAAGGCCGACAAAAAUUAA